UCGUUCUCUUGUUCUUACGAUCUCGUUCGAUAGAAAAUUCGACGUUUAACCUCGACUAAAUGGAAAACCGCGGCUCAACCGCACGUAAUAAUUGACCGAUCGCGAAAAGGAUACCAAAAAGAAAAACAAAAAAAACGAGAAAAAAAAUGUAUAUGAUCGACGAACCGUAUCGAAGCGUUUGCGCAACGAGAACCGCGCGUUCGUGAAGUUGCGAAAACACGCAGAGGAAAGAGCGACGACGCGUCCGGAGGUUCCUGGCACGACCGAUUCUCGUUGGAAGCGUGUGGAGCGCCCGCAGGCCUUUCAAGCUUCGUUACGAGCGAGUCACCCUUGAACCUCGUUAUAUGCAGUCAACUUUUCAACACCUCCAGCGUCGAGGCGCACGCGUCGGACAGAUGCGCGUGUUCGUUGACGUAGCUUCGAUCGGCGGCCAAGUGCACCGACGUUUCUAAACCGUUUCGUUACGCUUCUCGAGGAACGCUACGCUUUUGGAUUUUUACCGGAUUCGUCGUCCUCGCACGAGCAAAGGAUGAAUUCGUCCCGACGUGCCGAUCAAUUCACCGAGUGUCCGGGACCGUGCAAUCCACAGAGCAGAGUAUGUCGAAGAACCUGCGUCGAAAACGUCAUGUCGAUUUUAGAGGAACUUCCGCCGUGCGUUCGAUCGAGGCUCCGCCAAGAAGAUCUGUUCUCGAUCUUCGCGAACGAUCAGGAGUUGGAAGCAGCGCCGAUCGGCGACGAUCAGCUGAUGAAAUCGAUACAGAACGUUUGCUCGAAAACGGCGCGGAAAUGGAAAAAGGAAUCGUCACCGGCGAUCGCCGCUCGUGGUAGAUCGGACGGUGGAAGAACGAUGCGAGACCAGAGCACGGACGAUACGUGCCUUCCGCGAACCAAGCAAGAGGAAACGACGCAGACGAUGGAGGAGAAACAGAUCCAAACUACGGAAGAAAUUAUCUGCGAAGUAACGUCGAGAUACAGGUCGAUCUCCGCGGGAACCGACAGCCUUCGGCAACGCAUCCAAGAGGCGUCGAUUCUAGUUCGAAGCAUCGUCAGGCGUGGAAUAGGCGUGUUUCCAUCGGCCAGUUCGUGCUCCUGCCGUUUGAUCAACACCACGAUCUACGUCGUCUUGCUGCUUUCGUUGGCGAUAUUCGCGAGACACAGCACGACCUAUCAAAUCUUUUUGUCCAGUCAAAUUUGCGGAAUCCUCGCUAUUCUAAGCUGGAGAUUCUCCGGAACCGUCCCGUUGUAACAUCAUUUCCCGUUUUUUUUGCUCGUCGAACGAAGCGUCCUCCUUUCACACGGAACCGCCGAAAGACGCGACAGCAACAACGAGCAGCGUUUUCAAAGCCGAUCGACGAUUUAACAACGACCGCGUUGAAAGCCACGAGAAUGCGACAAAUCGUACGCGUUCGUUGAAAGACGGUCGAUCGGACGGAGCCUCGAGACCGCAAACGCCGCAAUUGCCUCAAAGUCGCCAACCGCAAAGAUCGAUUCACCGAUGAACGAGCUUUCUCGAUGCCUCUUCCACCACGAUGUAUUCUUUGCAACGAUCACGAUAACGAUGCGGGACGGUCGCGCCAGAUCCUACCCUUUCGUCCGGUUCGUCUGAAAAGUGGAUCUCGUUAGACGUCUCUUCGACGGUUACCGAUGGACCUUCUUCAGACUCGGAAAUUCGGAGCACGCGACUCGCUACCGAAGAAUCGACCACGCUCGAUCGGGAAAACGAACGACGACGCGAUCACCGUUUUGCCGCCUUCGAUCGUUCGCAGCCACCCCCCUUGCCAUACAAAUUUCUCGUUUUAAAGCACCGAUCCUCGUGUAAUAUAUCAUGGAGAAAAAGUAACCACUCUGGAGGGUAGUUUCUGCCGCGCUCGGCGGUGGAAUAGAAAUACAUGGAAACGGCUAUUAAGUAUCGAUAGUAAGUCAAUGCAUCGUUCCCCUGAUCCUUCGUUGCGUCCCUAUUUCUCGCUUCUCGUCCAACCCCUGUAUAUCUGGCGCGUGAACACGAUUGCCCUUAUCUUUAUAGAGAAUCACGAGGCACGGGUCGUUGAUUUGUUACGUUCCGAAACGGUCGCCUUGCGUGCGGAUUUCCUAAAUUAUACGAACAGUCGGCCGUUCGUAAAGUAGCGCGUCGUUGAUGUUUUUAUUUAAUUUUACGCGACAUCCUUAGUCGAAUAAGUUUAGCGAGCGAAUUGAAGGAAAAUUAUAGAGAAACGAAGCGCGACGCGAUUAAACGAAACGAUUCGUACGAUCAGAAGGAAAAAAAGAUCGUUUGUCUGUUUCACUUUCUCUCUACCUCCUGGCCGCUCUACCCUCUUGGAAAUAGCUGUCUCUCAUUGCAUCGCGUAUUUCCCUGUCAAAUUAGGCAGAAACAAACAAGCCCUCCAUGGGCCGUGGCUAACGAGGCCAUAAUCGCAGGAACACCUCGACCCCAAAGCACCCCAACAGCCUCGAAAUACGCGUUACGCGUGUAUACGUGCAGACGCAUA